AUGGUGCUGCUGUUCAUGUUUUCCACCACGGCGGUGAGUUCGUUCGUCGGCGCGCUCUUCACGGAGCGCGUGUGCCGCAUGAAAGACACGACCAGCUGCCCGGACGACAAGCGCGCCGAAGCCGUCACGCUGAUCAUGUACAAGACCAUCAUCGAGGCGGUGGUCCCCGCUUUCGUCGCAUUGUUCAUCGGCAGCUGGAGCGAUAAGUUCGGUCGCCGUCCCAUCUUCAUAUGGUCUUUCCUCGGCAACACCGUGGCGUACGCUGCGUGGGCGGUCCAGUCGGCGGUGCCGGACCUGCAGCCCGAGUGGCUGCUGCUGCCCUCCGUGGUGGCCUCCUUCAGCGGCGGCAUGAUGAACCUCAUGGGCGUGGCCAACAUCUACAUCGCGGACGUCGCCCCUGUCGACGACAAGGCAGUCCGGCUGGGCAUCCUGGACGUGUCGCAGUACACGGGCACGAUGCUGGGCUCGGGGCUGUCGGCGCCCAUCACGGCCGCUCUGCAGUACUAUGGUGUGUACACGAUGGCCGCCUGCCUCAUGCUGGCGUGUCUGCUCUACGCCGUCUUCCUGCUGCCGGAGACCGUGCCGCCGUACACCCCGCCCGAGGAUGAGAGCUGUGGCUGCUGCAAGGGGAUCUUCCGGCCGCAGCUGGUGCGCGACGCGCUCAAGACGUGCCUCAAGAAGCGGCCACAUAACGGCCGGGCCACCAUCUUCAUCGUCAUCUUUGUCGUCAUCAGCGGCAUGCUCUCCUUAAUGGGUGAAUCAGUUCCCUCUUACAAUCUCUAUAACGACAUAUUGAAGUGGGGACCAGCAGACACGCAGCUGUACGGUUUUUACAAUAACGGAACCACUGCCCUAGGCACCCUGAUUGGCGUCCUGGUGUUCGUGCGCUGGCUGCGACUGCAGGACGCGUGGAUAGCUGUCAUUACUUUCGGCUGCAAGAUCGUCGGCACCAUCCUGUACGCCAUAGCUCCAGACUGGAGGUUUAUGUAUAUAGGUGGUGCUGUCAGCUGUUUUGGUGGAAUGGUGUGGGUCCUGGCCAGAACUAUGUUGGUGAGGCUGGUGACGAUGGACGAGAUAGGUCAGGUGUUCGCAUUGGUGAUGACUCUGGAAGCGAUAGCGCCGCUGCUGGGAUCCCUGAUUUAUGGACAAGUCUACCAGGCCACCGUCUCCACACUCCCUGGUGCUUUCUACUUCAUCUCCGUCGGAAUCUUCGUGGUCGAUCUCAUCCUGCUGCUGUGA